AGCAGGGCAGAGCGCUGUGAGAGGAGGAGGGUCGAGGACGCGGACGCAGAAAGGAGCUGACAGAGCGUUUGUGAGAUAAUACAUGCAACAGGGAUGCACAGAUAGCCGCACCGGACCGCUGGGUGGAUUACAAAGUUGAGCCAUUGUCUUUGAGAAGAAUUGGGAUCCGUGAGACAUACAGAAACAUUCGUUAGAUAAUUGAUUAAAAAAAUGGGUUUGAUACGCUUUUCUCCACUGAUCCUGGGAGCACCCACACCUUUACGCACACUUCUUUGCAGUUUUGCGCUUUUGUUCUGCUGGCAGCCCUUGUGCCAAACGUUCAACCUUGACGUGGAGAGCCCGGCUGUGUACAGCGGACCUGACGGGAGCUACUUCGGUUACGCGGUGGACUUUUACUUGGUGGAUUCCGCGAGUGUGAGCGUGUUGAUCGGGGCUCCCAAGGCCAACACCAGCCAGCCAAACAUCACAGAGGGAGGAUCGGUCUUCUACUGCCCCUGGGGACUCGGCCAAUCAGAGUGCCAUGACAUCGAGUUUGAUGCUGAAGGGGAUCGCACCGUCCUCAUCAAUGACACAGACCAUAAGGCGGAGGUCAAGUCCCACCAGUGGUUCGGCGCCACCGUGCGUUCCCACGGAGACACCAUUCUGGCCUGCGCCCCACUCUACUCCUGGAGAACCAAGAAGGACGUCCCCCAGUCCGACGUGACCGGGACCUGCUACCUCUCGGCCCAGAACUUUACUAAGUUCGCUGAAUACGCGCCGUGUCGCACAGAGGUGACGGGUCAUAGUGGUCAGGGCUACUGCCAGGGCGGGUUCAGUGCAGACUUCACUCAGGAUGGCAAAGUAGUGCUAGGAGGACCGGGGAGUUACUUCUGGCAAGGCCAGGUGAUCUCGGCAGACAAGGACAAGAUCAUCGAGACGUACUACCCAGGCUACUUCAUGCAGUCUGUGGUCGGUCAGCUGGAGACCAAACAGACGGCCAUCAAACAUGAUGAUAACUACCAGGGUUACUCUAUCGCCGUGGGGGAUUUCAGCGGUGAUAAGCUGGACGAUUUCGUUGCCGGAGUUCCUAAAGCGUCCAUUCUUCGCGGAGUGGUUUCCAUUUUCAAUGGCACCAACCUGAAAUCCAUGGUGGAGUUCAAAGGUGAACAGAUGGGUUCCUAUUUUGGCUACUCGUUGGCCACGACCGACAUCAACAGCGACGGGCUGACGGACUUGCUGGUGGGGGCCCCCAUGUUCAUGCUGCGGGGGUCUGACGGGCGGCUGGAGGAGGUGGGCCGGGUGUACGUCUACCUGCAGCGCGGGCCCCUGGACCUGGAGCUCAGCGAGCCCCACCUGACCGGCGUGGACGCAUACGGCCGCUUCGGGAACACCAUUGCGCCGCUGGGUGACCUGAACCAGGACGGCUUCAAUGACGUGGCGGUCAGCAGUCCGUUCGGCGGCGAGGGGCUGCAGGGCCUGGUCUACAUCUACAACGGCCACGCGGGCGGCCUAGGGAGCAAGCCCUCCCAGGUGAUCACCGGCCAGUGGGCGGCCCGGGUCAUCCCCGCCAGCUUUGGCUUCGCCAUGCGAGGAGCCAAGGACCUGGACAUGAACGGGUACCCGGAUCUGAUCGUCGGGGCCUUCGGCGUGGACAGGGCGCUUCUCUACAGGUCUCGCCCAAUCGUCAACGCCAUCGCCACCAUGGCCAUUUCCCCAAAUAUGAUCAACCCUGAGGAGAAGAACUGCCCGGUCACCAACGACAACAUCACCAUACUAGUUUCCUGUGUCAACCUCAGUUUCUGCAUCGCGGCGGAUGGGAAGCACCUGCCAGAAACACUAGACUUCCAGGUGGAGUUGCAGCUGGACAGCCAGAAGCACCAGCAGAAGGGCGGGGUGCGGCGGGCUCUGUUCCUGGACUCCCACCAGGCCUCGCUGCUGAGGAGCUUGAGGAUGAGGCGCGGAGAGCGCUCCUGCCACGACGCCAAGAUCUACCUGCGGGACGAGAAGGAGUUCAGAGACAAGCUGUCCUCCAUCUACGUGGCGAUGAACUUCAGCCUGGACCCCGACGCCGCGGCCGACGCCCACGGCCUACGACCCGUCCUCAACUACCAGGCGGCCAGCCUCAUCGUGCGGAAGGCUCAGAUUCUGCUGGACUGCGGAGAAGACAACAUCUGUGUUCCCGACCUGAAGUUAGCAGUCCAAGGGGACAGGAAGGAAGUCUACCUCGGCGAUGACAACUCGCUGACCUUGAUGUUCAACGCCCGCAAUGAGGGCGAGGGGGGGGCGUACGAGGCGGAGCUCUACGUGGUGCUGCCCCCCGAGGCCGACUACAGCGGCAUAGCCCGCAACAACGAGAGCCUGGCCCAGCUGACCUGCAGCUACGAUACGGAGAACCAGACGCGCUACCUCAGCUGUGACCUGGGCAACCCCAUGAAGUCCGGCACCAGCCUUUGGGCCGGCCUGCGGUUCACCGUGCCACGACUAAAGGACCAAAACAACACGGUGCAGUUCGACUUCCAGAUCCGCAGUAAAAACGAGAACAACUCCCACAGCGAGGUUGUUCCCUACAAGCUGGAGGUGGUGGUGCAGGCCAAAGUCAUUUUACAAGGCGUGUCCCGGCCAGAUAAAGUCUUCUUCCCUCCCGCCAACUGGAAGAGCACCAAGAACCCUGUGGCCGAGGAGGACGUGGGGCCAGCCGUGGAGCACGUCUAUGAGCUGGUGAACAACGGGCCCAGCCGCAUCAGCAGCACCCUGCUCCAGCUGCGGUGCCCGCUGCGCGUCCAGGGCUACCAGCUCCUCUACCCCCUGGAGUUCUCCACCGAGGGCCCGCUCAACUGCACCACCAACCACACCAUGAACUCCCUGGGCCUCAAGCUGCAGCAGACCUCCACAGAGCCUCCAUCCCUGCUGGCGCUGCAGGCCCAUGAACACCACGUGGAGAGGAGAGAGGUGCACAGAGAGUCCCUCUCUCAGCUGACCAACCUGUCGUGCUCCAACACUGAGUGCUGGACGCUGCAGUGCAACGUGGGUCUGCUGGAGAAGGGGACGAGUGCCAUCCUCAAAGUGCGCUCGCGCCUCUUGGCUGAGACCUUCCUGGAGAAGCAAAACAAGAAUUUUGUGCUGGAGUGUCUUGCCAAGUACAUUGUGAGAAAGAUGCCCUACGCCAUCCUACCCAAGCACCUCCCUACUGAACACAAAAAGGUGGUGACCUCUGUGAUGUGGAACAAGCCAGACGGUAAAUACUUGGUUCCUCUGUGGAUCAUCAUCCUGGCCAUCCUGGCCGGCUUGCUACUUCUAGCUCUGCUCAUCUACGUCAUGUACAAGCUGGGAUUCUUCAAGAGGUCUCUCCCGUACGGCACGGCCAUGGAGAAGGCCCAACUCAAGCCCCAGGCUGCGUCCGAGGCCUAGGAGGGCCCGGAGCCCACCGCAGACAAGCAGGAUCGAGCCAUAUGAUUGCAAUGGAGGAAC